AUGAAUAACCAGUCCACACAUGAUGGCAUCAGAACCAUCGACAUUUCGCCUUUCCUGAACAGCGAUGAUAAUGCUGUCAGGAAAGCGGUCGCUGAUGAUAUCAUAGAUGCUCUCCACGUUCAGGGGACCUGCGGCAUCAUUGGCCAUGGAGUUGGCAAGCCCAGGCUGGACGAAGCGUUUGGUUGGGCAAACAAAUUCUUCGCUCUUCCAUACGAAGAGAAGAUGAAGGCAAACCAUCCAGACGGUAUCGUACCUCACCGUGGUUUCUCUGGUAUAGGGAGGGAGAAGUGCUUCAUCUACACAGAGGAUGAACUCAAGUCCAUGUCAGGCGAACUCAGUGCAACAUCCCAGAAGCCUCUUGACUGGAAGGAGCAUAUGGACAUCGGGAGCGACCAAGAGAAGGUGCACCAUAAUCUCUGGAUCGACGAAAAGGCACUACCUGGUUUUCAAGCCUACUCGCUCGGUCUGUAUUGGGAGCUUGAGCGGCUCAGCAGUUCCGUUCUCGACGCCUUGCUACUGGGACUGGAUGUCGACGAGAAAGGAACCGCGUAUUACCGCGACGUCCACACGGGCCAUCAGAAUGGCCUGCGAUACAUCCAUUACCCCGAGAUGCGCGAGGCUGAUAUCGACCGCACGUCUACCACAUGGUGCCCAACGCACACCGACUUCACCACGUUUACGCUCCUCUUUCAAGAUGGAAAGCAGGGGCUGGAGAUUGAGGAUAGACUUAACCCAGGCACCUUCAUACCCGCCACGGCGGAAAUCAAGGACAGACUGUGGUUGACAAUCGGUGAUUUUGGAGAAAUAUGGAGUAAUGGAUACUUGCCUGCAUCGAGACAUAGGGUCGUGAUUCCGCGUCCCGACGAUGGGAGGGAGUAUACCCACCCGCGUUACUCGAUGCCAUAUUUCAUCAACGCUAGGCAUGACUCGAUCUCAGGCCCACAGUACACUGGGAAACCGGGUACCAUGCCAAAGGGCGGCUUCAAAACUGGAACGGUCAAGGAACACAUUGACUUCAGGAUGAAGUUUCAGUACUAG